CGCAGAACAAAAACAAAAACAAGGGCUGCAGAACUCCAAAGUACCGAGAAAGCCUUAAGCAAUGCUAUUUCUGGACCUUUACUAUUUUGAAUAGAGCUGACUGCGUUUUGCAGCAUUUUACUGGAGAGUAGUCAUUCAAUUCCUUCUCUUAUAAGACAGACAAGACAUUCCGUCAGCAGAUCUGUCCAGGAAGACCUCAAGGACAUCGUGGGAAAAAAAGAAAUCCUGUAUAAAUCCUUAUACAACGCACUGAGAUGGAUAUGCAGCUUCCGCCUCACGAGGGAGACACGCUCUCUGUGGUCGACAUGCACACCGGUGGGGAGCCUUUACGGAUCAUCACCAACGGCUACCCAGAGGUCAAAGGUGACAGUGUGCUGGCCAAACGGCGUUAUGUCCGUGAACACCUGGACCACCUCAGGAGGGCUCUGAUGUACGAGCCACGGGGACACUACGACAUGUACGGAGCCCUGAUCGUGGACAGCGAGAUACCCGAGGCCGACCUGGGGGUGCUGUUCAUGCACAACGAGGGUUACAGCACCAUGUGUGGACACGCCGUCAUCGCACUGGGCCGCUUCGCUGUGGACUACAAACUGGUGAAGGAACCAACGUCACCAGAGACUCAGGUGAACAUACACUGUCCCUGUGGUCUGGUGAAGGCCUUCGUCGAGUACUCCGACGGUAAAACAGGAGGAGUGAGGUUUCUCAGCGUGCCGGCGUUUGCAUUUAGAACAGAUGUGACGGUGACGGUGGAAAAGUUUGGUGAUGUGAUGGUCGAUAUCAGCUACGGAGGAGCCUUCUACGCCUUUGUGGACGCCCAGAGGUUCGGCCUCGAUGUGACCAAGUCCAGGACUCGAGAUCUGGUCGAUGCAGCCACAGCGGUGACCAACGCUGUCAAAUCUCAGGUGAAGUUACACCACCCAACCAGUGAUGAUCUGGCCUUCCUCUAUGGCACCAUCCUCACUGACGGCAAAGAUAAUUAUUCCUCCGAUCCCACCGCCAAUAUCUGUGUGUUCGCUGAAGCUCAGGUGGACCGGAGCCCCACUGGUUCUGGUGUUACAGCCCGAGUGGCUCUUCAGUAUCACAAAGGUCUCAUCCAGCUGAACCAGACCAGGACGUUUCAGAGUGGAGCCACUGGAUCCCAGUUCACAGGGAAAGCUGUUGAGGAGACCAAGUGUGGAGACUUCAAGGCUGUGGUGGUGGAAGUUGCCGGCAGAGCUUUUUACACUGGAGUCUCCUGCUUUGUGCAGGAGCCAGAUGACAAGCUGACGCAUGGUUUUCUACUGAAGUGAGCCUCAAUUACAGGUUGUGUUAUCAAUUAUGGUUACACAUAAAAAAAAGUGUUUUAAACAUUAGUUAUUAAGUGCUUUGUAGUUUAGAAACCAAUAGAAAAUGUCAAAGCUCUCCAAGAAGAGAAUCUGAUCUGUAAUAAACUGUGUUAAAG